UUUCCGGGUGUGUUUUUGUGUAAAUGGAAUUUUACAGUAAUGCGUCGAAUUAAGGGGCGCGUUUGCUCUCUGUUUUGAAAACGCUAAUUCUAUCUUUGACGCAAUGAAAAGCCGUCAAAAGAAAGAAAUAGGAUUGCUUCUUGAACAUGAGCCUUGUGAUUUGAUUGGCGCGUAGGAAUUGGUAAAAACGCUUUUCCGGGCAUCAAAAUGACGUCUUGAUCAGGUGGAGAUGAGCGGAAAUACCGUUUGGCUAUCUUGGGAAAUUAAUUCAUACAAAAUCCACAUUGGCGAGGAAAAUGGAUUGUACAUAAUUUGAUUGAGCCAGUGGAAAAUUGCGUAGGCUGCUUGCGACGAAAACAGUUGAGCGAUACAGUGCGGGGGAUGUGGGAUAGUGAUCGUGAUCGCAUGUGAACCGGUUUGCUGGUAUAUUUGAAGAUACCUUGAAUUCAGUCAAAAGAUGCUCUCGCUGCGGCGCAUGCCUCUGCCAUGCUGUUUAUGUGAAUGGUUGGCACAUGUUGCAACUGCAGUCGCCUCCUAUAACAUGCAAUGUGCUCGACUAAUAACCGAGGCAUCGGGGUUGUAGAAAUCGACUGAUAGGACUGCCUUGUUGUUGCUGCGGCUGCUUGCGGCCUGAUUAUCUGUACGCUUGGCGUUUGUAGUUCUUGACAGUCUUCCGCCUAAAACUCGGCAUGGCCUGGUUAAGUUUCUUGCCCCGGAAACAGUACCUAGAGUACGUUACCAUUUCGAUUGCGCUCUAAAUCUUAUUGUUUUGAUAUGGGAGAUUAUUAUCUUUUGUGGGAAUUUAUUGUGUUUUGAGGAUUAACUGAAAUUUUGCAAGGGCCACGUACGCUUUCCAACACGCCUUGUAUCUGGACGCCGCCAUAGCGCCGAGCAAUGAGAUCUUUUUCCGUUUGGGCAUCAUCUUCAAAUAUCUGCAAAAUUAUGACGUAGCUCUGCGCUAUUUCAAACGAACCAUGAGCGAUCCUCAUCCCUUCAGCGAGAGCAAAGAGAUGGUUAAUUUUCAUAUUGGCCACAUCUACGAAUUGCAAGGCCGAUAUGAAACAGCCAAAAAGUAUUACGAACAAGUCCUCCAGUCGCCUAACUGUGAUGACAAACUCAGGGCCGAUGUGUUGCGCCAGCUUGGCUGGAUGUUCCACACGGUAGAGGAGUUUGGUGAACGGAACACACGGGAGAAUUUAGCUAUAAAGUGCCUUCAGAAAUCCUUGGAACAUGAUCCGAAUAACGGACAGACAUGGUAUUUUAUGGGUCGUUGCUACGCCGCUAUGUGCCGCGUUCACGAUGCCUUUGCCGCUUACCGGUCUUCCAUUGAUAAAUCCGAAGCCAAUGCUGAUACCUGGUGUUCCAUAGGAACAUUGUAUCAGCAGCAAAACCAACCGAUGGAUGCCUUGCAAGCUUAUGUUUGCGCAGUCCAGCUUGAUAAGAGCCAUAGUCCGGCUUGGUUCGAUUUAGGGAUGUUGUACGAAAGCCUCAAACAAUUUCCCGAUGCGUUUCAUUGCUAUCAAAACGGGAUCAAGCAUGGAAAGGCCGCCGCUACCCCUUCCAUCAUACAGCGAGCUGGUAUUUUGGAAACGGCUAUUAAGACUUCUGCUGCAGCUUUUGAUUCCAUACCAAAGACCCUACCGUCCUUGGAAGAGGCUCUUUCCUUGCCUAUUGCGGCGGAACUGACCGCUGGUCAUCGGCCACCGCAGCCCGCCAAAAAGACUUCCUUACUGCCAGAUUUGGCGGACUCUCCUGCUGUCACUGCACAACAACUGCAGAUUAUGAAUUUCUUACAACAGAAUGAGGGCCAGUUGCAACCGAAUCAGCAGAUAUACCUCGCUCAGAUGCAACAACAGUAUUUUGCUCAACAACAACUACAAACCAAACCCAAAGCAGCGGCUGUGCAGGCCUUACGCGACCAGCCCUUUCCUAUGCCUCCUUUUUCCCCGGAAUUAUAUACUGGUCUGAGUGAGCGUCUGGAGCAGAUUGAUACGUUGAUCCGGAAAAGUGCCUCGGAGAUCUUGGUGGAGUGCGACAACAAAGAAGGAGCCAGUCCCCCUUUGAAACUCAAUCUCUUGAACGAGUCCGCCACACCUCCCGUCCCCCCGGCGGCCCCCACAACUCCCCUCCCCAAAACGGCACUCAAUCCCACAACCCCCAGUAUUUUCGUGGAGACCAAAAAGGAAGCCAUGUCCAAGGAUUUCGAAGAGUUUUUAUUAAAGCAGCCAUGUGCCAUCGUGAAGAACCUCAGUAAUGUGCUCAAGCUGGACUUGAGUCUGUUCUCCACGAAGAAUCUUGUGGAAACCGCCCCGGAUCACCAGAUCGAAGUACGCACACAGAAGAAACAGAAUCCGGAAGAUAAUUUUGCGGAUAACAAUCAACAAGAGCGCGUGUGGAAGUGCGAGAGUGUACGCACCUAUACGACAGUGUAUAAGUACGGGAUAUACCAGGCACAAGAGUUUCAGAAAGCCCUUCAGGAAGAGUCCGAAGGGAGCAAAUCGAUAUCAGACUCGGAUUCGAAUAACUCGAAUCAAAUGAAGAAAGCACGCCGGCAAACUACAAUUCGAUUUGGGACCAAUCUGGACCUGUCCGACAACACGGUGUGGAGAAAUCAGCUGGUAGAACUUGAUAAACUGCCCUCACUGGUGAAAGUACGUGCUGCGAAGAAUAUGCUCAGCUACCUGGAUCAUACGAUUUUGGGGAUGAACAGUGUACAGUUGUAUAUGAAGGUGCCGGGUUGUCGAACGCCCGGACACCAAGAAAAUCUCAACUUCUGCUCGGUUAAUAUCAAUAUCGGACCGGGAGACUGUGAAUGGUUUUGUGUGUCCCAUGAGUACUGGGGAGUGAUACAACAGCUUUGCGACAAGAACGAUGUGCACUUUUUGCAUGGAUCAUGGUGGCCGAAUUUAGCUGAUCUGCGAGCCGCCAACGUGCCGGUGUAUCGAUUCACCCAAAGACCCGGCGAUUUGGUGUGGGUCAAUGCGGGAACCGUGCACUGGGUGCAGGCUAAUGGAUGGUGCAAUAAUAUUGCUUGGAAUGUGGGUCCUUUCACUACGGAACAGUAUUAUCUGGCCACGGAGCGCUAUGAGUGGAAUAAACUGCAGGCCUUCAAGUCCAUUGUGCCGAUUCUGCAUUUAACGUGGGCGGUGGCGGUGCAUGUUGUAUUCGAAAAAAAGGACGAACGCUUGUGGAAGUUGAUCCGGUUAACAUUACGCCGGUCGAUUAAGUAUUGCCACCUCAUGCUGGAGCACCUGAAGAGCGUGGGGAAGAGUGUUAAACACCAGGCCCGGGAUAAGAAUGAACAUGCGCAUUACUGUGAAGACUGCGAGCUGGAGGUAUUCAACAUCUUAUUUAUCAAAGAAAAGGAAAAGGAUUCUGCGGAGUACGUUGUGCGCUGUUACGAUUGCGCUAAGAAGAUGGAUCGUGAUUUAAAGAUGUUCUACGUUCUCCAGCAGUACAAACUCAAAGAAUUAAUGGAAACGUAUGAUCGAUGUCGUAUGGUGGAGGAUAAGUGAACCCCUUUGUACUCCGCAUGGAUCGUGGUCCGAUGGGACGCUGAGUAGGAUAGGCGGGGACGCGUUGAUAUUCUACUGCAUUUGUACGAUCUCUCAGGCCUAUUUAUACUGCCCUUGGUAUUAAAAUGGUGCUCUUAACUCAGUUUGCAGCUGUUAAUUUGUUGUUUUGUAUCGUUGUGUACUGAUGUGAGGGUGCGUUGAUGAUGCGUUUGAAACUUUUGAUCUUAUAAUGGAGAAAUAUUUUGUUUUUGUGGUACGCCUUUUUCUUGUUGUUUUUUGUGCGCCUGAUUUAUUCAGAAUGGUUGUGCAAUUGUGUUUUAACCCGAUG